AUGUCCCGUCCGAAUGUCAUCUUGCGAGAAGGCGCUCUUGUAGAUGGUGUGGUCUAUACUCGCGAGUUCCGCUUCCUUGUUGGUCAGGCUACCUGCGCACCUGCGAUCAAUUAUCUCGCGGACGCGGUGGAGCGUGUGUUCUUCAGGACCAUGCACAGGCAGAACAUGUCCAUUAUGAGAUCAAAUUGGCCUCUGGUGGAAGCAGGGUUGUCGCGGGCCUUCGUCUUUCAUAUGGCCGUUAUAACCGAAGCGCCCAUCAUCGUCCUGCUCGUCGUCCUCGUCUAUCUGGACCGCAUGCAACCGCGUCUCGUCAUCCCGCCCGAUUGCCUGAACUAUGGGCUUGUGUGCGAGAGACUAUUGUUGGGUGCUUGGAUUUUGGCUUUCCAAACUCUCUUUGGUGUUCCGAAUAAUCGCUCUAUGAUAUGGGCUAAUGCGACUAGGUUGUUCUCUCCGCACGAAGUCGACCAGACUAUAGACGAGAUUAAGCGCGUUCUCGAUAAUGAUCUUUCCUUUGCGGAGAUUGAUAUGCACGUUCAUUGCAGCAAACUGGUCGAAUUCUACGAUGAUUGGUCGGACCAGCCCAUGCUUGACGUCCGAGAACCUGUUGAACAGGCUGCCAAUCAUGAGAUGUCGAGGCAGUCACUCCAUCGUUACCCGACCGUGCAGACCGUCGUACCUGGGAUGUCUCUCACCGGUGGCGUGGAACGCCGAAGUGUUCGUUUGGUGUGCAGAUCAUCCACGAACUAG